AGUGCUGACUGCAGAUCGUUUUUCGCAAUUUCUCCGUAACUUUCCUCAGAGUUCCUGUAAUUCAAGCGCGGAUACAAGAAUGACUGGCCAACCAGAGGAACAGCCCACACCGGAAAUCGCCCAACUCAUCCACGACGUCCGGUUAAACAAAGUCGUCGGUUCCCACAAGCUCACGUCCAAAACGCUGUCCCUGCUGACGAACCUCAUUUCAAAAUCGGAAUGGACCAAUGCCGAGCACCUCAUGACGUUAGUCCGUAGACAGGGACACUUUCUAGUCGCAGCCCUGCCGCAGGAUAUCGUGAUUGCCAACACGGUGCGUCGGAUUUUGAAAAUCGUCCGGGAAGAGUACGAUUCCGCCCAGCUGCGGGUUCACUUUGACGAUGCCCAAACAUCGCUUUCGCUGCACAAACUGGUCACCCAAACGAGCGAGCAGAGGCGAGGCGAUUACUCGCAACACCAGGAGGGUCUACGAGCAGCUCUUCUGGAACAUUUGAGCGAAAUUGACACGGAACUGGAAACCUGUUCGGACAAUCUGUCGUCGCAGGCGACGGAACACAUUCACUCUUCGGAGUUGAUUAUGACCAUCGGACACUCGAAGUCGGUGGAGAAAUUUCUGAAGAAGGCAGCGGAAAAUCGUACCAUCGAGGUGAUUGUGGCUGAAUGUGCCCCAGCAUGCCAAGGGCAUCAGCUGGCCGUGAAUCUGGGCAAGGCCAAGAUUCAGACGACGGUCAUCCCGGAUUCGGCUAUCUUUGCGAUGAUGUCCAGGGUGAACAAGGUCAUUAUCGGAACGCACAGCGUGCUAGCUAACGGAGGACUGAGGGCGAUCUGUGGGGCUUACUCGUUGACAUUGGCCGCGAAGCAUUUCUCGGUCCCGGUGAUUGUACUGGCGCCGACUUAUAAGCUGACACCGGUUCACCUGUCCAACUACGAUCAGGACGAUUUUAAUAUACUGGGCAAUGCUGAAGCGGUCAUUCCGUACGAUUCACCGGCGGCGCGAUUUGCCAAGGCUUACAACCCGGUUUUCGAUUACGUGCCACCGGAGCUGGUGACACUGUUUGUGACGAACACCGGAGGCAAUGCCCCAUCCUACGUCUACCGAUUGCUGAGUGAACUUUAUCACCCAGACGACAACGAGCUGUAGGACAAUGGCACAGCGGAAGGAAAGGUAAAUUGCGAUAACAAAAGAUAACAACUAAAUCAGCAGCAACAGUUUAUUUAAAGCAGAUUAUCUAGGCGCUUGUUAAUAAAUUAUAUCAUUCAUCGUA